UUGACUGUUUUUUUAGCGCUCUGAAGCCUGUACUCUGUGCUGUGGUUUCUCCUACUUCCUGUUUCGUCUCAGUCUGCUGUUCAUUGAAUCUUCAACUACACCAUCCAUGGAUGAAACCGAGUUUCUAGGGUUUCUUAAAUGAAUGAAGCUUCCCGAAGAUGCUUAAAGGAGAGCCAUCAUAUUCGCUUAUCCCAGCAAAUUUCAUUAGCAACAAUGGCGGAAGUCGAUCAGCUGCUAUCGAAGAAAGUCGCAGAUCGAUAUCUCAAGCGCGAAAUCCUUGGCGAGGGUACAUACGGUGUUGUCUACAAGGCCAUCGACACCAAGACGGGACAGACGGUUGCAAUUAAGAAAAUUCGGCUGGGGAAGUACAAGGAAGGUGUGAAUUUUACGGCACUUCGGGAAAUUAAACUGCUCAAAGAGCUCAAGGAUCCGAACAUCAUUGAGUUGAUCGAUGCUUUCCCUCACAAGGGGAACUUGCAUCUUGUGUUUGAGUUCAUGGAGACUGACCUUGAGGCCGUUAUUCGGGAUAGGAAUAUCGUACUCUCUCCUGCUGAUAUUAAAUCGUACCUGCAGAUGACACUGAAAGGGCUUGCCUAUUGCCAUAAAAAAUGGGUGCUUCACAGGGAUAUGAAGCCAAAUAAUUUAUUAAUAGGCGCUGAUGGAAAGCUUAAACUAGCCGACUUUGGUUUAGCCCGGAUAUUUGGGAGUCCAGAUCGCAAGUUCACUCAUCAGGUUUUUGCUCGAUGGUAUAGGGCACCUGAAUUAUUAUUUGGCACCAAGCAGUAUGGAUCUGGCGUGGAUGUUUGGGCUGCAGCUUGUAUAUUUGCUGAACUUCUCCUUCGUAGGCCUUUUCUCCAGGGUUCAAGUGAUAUUGAUCAAUUAGGAAAGAUCUUUGCAGCUUUUGGGACUCCAACGCCUUUUCAGUGGCCAGAUAUGAUUUACCUUCCAGAUUAUGUGGAAUAUCAAUUUGUUCCUGCACCUCCAUUGCGUUCCCUGUUUCCAAUGGCAAGUGAUGAUGUACUAGAUCUAUUAUCAAAGAUGUUCACAUAUGAUCCAAAGGCAAGAAUUUCUGCACAGCAGGCACUAGAGCAUAGGUAUUUCUCAUCUGUACCUGCCCCAACAAAACCAGCUUUACUUCCAAGACCUCCUCCUAAAGGGGAAUCUCUCAAUUCUAGACCUUUAGAUUUUAAUCCACAGGAUGGUCCUAUUGUGUUGUCUCCACCAAGAAAGUCAAGGAGAGUGAUGCUACAGCGUGAGGGGCUGGAAGGAAGUUCAUACCAUGUUGAUAAGGUUGAUGACCAUGCAAUUGAAGUCAGACAAUCCACUGGUGGGAAUGCAUGCAGGAGUGAAAAUAUUCCGAUGUCAAUAGAUUUGUCUGUCUUUGGAUCAAGGCCUCCUCCAAGACCAACACUUAACAGUGCUGACAGAUCAUGUCUGAAAAGAAAACUAGAUCUCGAAUUCCUACAUCCUGAACAAGAAUAGCCUAUCUCCACAUUCAAUAUUCCUUAGUUUGGAUUGCGGCCUUUUGGAUUCUCUGUUUCAUGCAUUCAUGAUAGUUACACUGCUCUGAUUCGGUUGUGGCCUUUCGGAUUCUCUGUUUAAUCCUCCUUUGAAAAAUUGAGACCCAGAGAUGGAAAGCACUCAAUUUUUUAAGUGCAGCAGAUUGUUAUAGGCUUGAAUUAUGGUUUUGGAAUCACUGCAGAUGAUUCAGCUGGAUGCUGCAAUUCAGGUUGGAUGAAAACUCAAAAUAUACAAUUAAUUCUUUUCCCUUUUUCUUUUUUCCAAAGUAAUUGUAUACUAGCCCAUAAAGAGCCAGGCUAUUCAGGCAUUUCCGCAUUUGUUUUGAAAUUGCUCGAAAAUUGAGUCAAAAACAAACUUGGGGGGUGAUGUUUUCAGGUAUUUCUUAUUUGAUUCUAGCCUGAAUUGUUGUGGAAUAGGGAGUUUGGGAAGCCUAUGCUUUGUUCAUCUUUAACCAACAUUUAUAUUAUUUUAAAAGAAUGAUUUCAACUUCUGUGAUAGUUUUAUC